CUGGCGUCGCUCCCCUCUAAUCACAAUCACAACUUCUCCUUUUGUCAUACUGCGAUUGAGCUCUUGUCUUUCGGUUAGGUUAACUCCGUGCUCCCAGUGGAUACAUCUGACUUUGCUGCUCUCGGUGAAGCCGCACUAUUGUUUCGCUUUUUCAACUAGCUGCUGCUGUGGCUGCUUGUGUGCUGGUGGCUGACCGUUGCAGUACUACCUGUCCUUCCCGGAUGGUCGACAUGGCAACGGCAUUUAGAUUGUCAUGGAUCCUUCUCGUCUCCGUCGUAUUCUCUUCUGCAAAAAUUAUCGAUAUAGAUGAUAUCUUGGAUGUUCCACAUGACUUGGUUCGAUGCCCCGGCACUCGGACAAUUUACAAACCACCAGCGAGGAACGACACGUAUGCGUCAGCACUCGAAUCUUGCCGUCAAAUCAAACUUCGGAAUUACGAGGUGGCUCGCGUUGCCGUCCCAUCUCCAUGCGUGACGGACCUGAUCUUCCAAAGCAAUAUACCCUUCACUCACAUCUGGAAGGAAUCGAAUCCCAUUCAACCUAGGACCUUUGACGACAAGGUUCACAGCCCCACAUCUAAGUUCCACAUGCUCUGCGAAUAUCGAUUUGUGGAGAUAUCCUCGACUGUUGCUAAUCUAAAAUGCUCUGCUAGAAACUCCACCCUUUGGAUAAACUUCAGAAGGAAAUGGCCGUACAGAGUGGCCACUACUGCUUGUUCCAUACCAACAUCCCAAACAAAUGAUAAAGUCCGCAAACUAACUCUGGUCAGCAUAGAGGCCGACUUCUUCUCCUGCAUCAAAGACCUCGUCGAGCGCUAUCACCUCCAAUCGGAGAGGCUGUGGGUAUCAGGUGGACUCUACCACAAUGGCAACUUUGAAAGCUUAACUCCUCAUAAUGCCCAGUAUUACAGUAUUUGCGAGGAUCGCAGAAAACUCUAUGGUGAAGGCUCGAAUGCAGGUGAUUUUACACAAGAAUUCGACUUUGAACGCGCGUACCCCAUGAGGGGUUGGGAUCUGGUCACGACUACAAAGUUUUACGUAACGAAUAACAUUGAGCGAGCAGCGCCUCCAAGGUGCCCAAAGACCUACCACCCUACAGAAUUACACACUAUCUGGAGUGACAUCGGUAGUGAAUUCAAUGUAGAUGGACCUAACGGCCCGCUUAUGUGUGGUCUACCACAUACAAGGCACGGGGCAGUAAUAAAAACUUUAUUUGAAACGGGGAAGGGGAGUCACAAGGAUUUUACCGGUUAUAUCUGGUCGUACUCGCCAGACGUGAAUCGCGGUUGCAGGUACAAGCACGGAUUUGACUUUCUUCCUGCAAAUACACACCACCGUACAAGGUGGCCACUGGUGUGGAGGCGUUGCUCGUAUGAGCCUAUCCAGUAUGUUUGCAUGCGAAACACAAGAACUUUAAAAAGGGCUAUAUGCAGUGGCUUUGCCCUGUAUUCUCACUCGGACAGUAAUAAAGUUAUUUCACAUGCUAUGGCAAAUGAGAAAUGCCAGAAUAUUGUUGGCAUGAACCUUCCGACGGCAGAGCAAUGGGAGGGUUUGAAGGCGUUAGCAAAGACGUUGCCCAAGAACAACUUCGGCUGCAAGGCAAUGGUUGACGAAUACAAAGAUUCUGGAAUUUUGCGGAUUUCGGAUACGGGUCGCAAGGGAAAAUUCCUUUGUUUCGGCUGCCGUCCACUUGUCAGCCAGGACACAGGAAUAAAUUACGUAACGCCGAAUGGCACCGUGGUUUGUCACGAUCAUCGCCGGCCGCGCCGUUUGGCGAGCACAACAGGAGCUCCAUACUGUGUUAAUGGAUUUUGGAGGAACUUGGACAGCUGUGAAAGAGUACUUGAUGUACACCGUUACGAUGUUUUACAGGUCCGCACUCCGAAUUGGACUAUGGACUACAGAAUUUGCAGAGGGUGGCCUUAUCCAUGGACAAUGGUGGGUGUUGUAACUUGCCCAUGGGGUCACGUGUGGCAAUGUCGCACAACAGGUCCCAAUAAUGUCCCAAUACCAGGCCGUGAAUGCUCCAGAGUAGCUGGUAAAAUCUACCUGCCCCAAUGCGCCAAUAAUUUAUGGAUGAAUAUUGCUACGUGUUAUCGAAAGGAAGUUGGUUUCCCUGACAACUACGAUCGAUCUGGUGUUGACCUUGAACCCCGUACUGCUACUUUCAAAUGCAAACCCGACUACUUUGAACAGUGCUCUACUCCGCCGUGUGCUGGAGGGAGGUGGAAUCAAGCGGCUAACUUCAGUGGAUCACCCCUGCGAUGGGAUAAUCUCCCCAACUGCAGACGGUUCCAUUCUGCCGAGUGCCUGAAAUCUCGGUUCCAGUUUACAUGGUCCAGUACUACUUAUGAUCGCGCUGCCAUGGCGUGUGACUCCAUAGGCCAGGUUCUUGUCAAUGAACGACUCUUUGAAAAGCAGUACAGUUUGCAACAAAAAUGUCUGCUCCAGACAUUGAAUGGUGCUGUUAUGUGGGUCCGAAGCCCCAAUGGACCCAUGGAGUACAAGUUUGGAAGAGACUCCAUGCCUGUACCGUUGCCAAAUGCUAACUCUGAGCAUACGCGUCUCUUCCUAUGCAUGCCAGCUGAACUAAUGAUCACUAAUGAUCACUGCGACGACAAUGCGUACGAGCCCUUGCCAGUUGCCCUUCUAAGGGAAGCAAAGGAUAUCUGUUCUCUACGACGAGGAGAACUGGUGAAGGACAAUUCCUUCUUCUCAGCACGCUGUCUGAUUCUUUUCCGCUUGAGGACAGGCGUUCAAGAUCCCUAUGUUUGUCAUGUUCCAAAACUUCCCAGACAGAGCUUUCUUCCCGUAGACAUCCCUCUCUUCAACUCCACAGUGUCCGUUCCCUUCAUGCACCAGGUGGACUGGACCACGGCAGUUGACGAGUGCAGAUUCAGAGGUGGCUACUUACCCAACACACAGGCUGUAGACAUUUGGAAGACAAAUCUCGCGGCAGGGUUUGGCCCGCGUCCUAAGAUAGAUAGUAUUGCCAGCAAUCACCAUAUGGCUGAUGCGACAGAGCAUGCACAGAGGAAAUUCGUCUUGUGCGAAAUUCCCAAGAAGUACAGAGAUUAUGAUACGCCUCUGGUGUCCACGGACUGCAGCAGACACACUCGCCUUAUACUUCCCAAUGUUCAGCCGAUGCUGUUAGGCGAUGCGUGGAGGGAAUGCAAGUAUUGGAAUGGAGAACUAGUAACCAGCGGAGUAGGUGGGCUCGAUAACUGCCUACAGCCAUUCUACGGGGCAAUUCCACGCCUCCAGGCCAGGAAUGUUCUGUGGUCAGUCCAUGAUAUCGACUCAAUCCCUGAAGCACCUCAGCAGGGUCUACAGAAAGCUUAUAUACCUGUGUGCAGGGUUGCCAUUAAGUAUGUUAGGUUCUGGUGUGCACAAACCAACUCCGAUCUGUCCAUUCGAGAAAAUCCUCAGACCAAAACGCUGCCCGAAGCGGAGGAACAUUGCCAAAUCGGGUUUUCUGCGGACGAGCAUGGAAAGCCAUAUGCUGCAGUUGGCCGCAUUGUUAGCCAAUUGCCCGUCGAAAUGCAAUGCCUUACCAACUACCUCAAGCAAGUCAAGAAAGAAUCCAUUGAAGGCAAUGUUUGGAUUGAUGGCGUUCAAGCUAGUCCUCCAACGCAGAAGAAAUACGUCGUUUGUGAAUACAGAAGAAUGUUCGCGGACCUGCAUUGCAAGAAGACAAGAGCUCUAUACAGCCCGUUCCCCUUGGCCAGGAAGAGCUACGAUGAUGCGGUAACAGAAUGUAAACGUCGAAAGUACUUUGGACUUAUGACUAGAACUGAUGGCUGUGGGAUUCCUUCUUGGUACAAGCUAAACUUAGACACCUUUUGGUGGAAACACUCCGUGGCUCGCGGAACUGGCAAAAGAUUUUUCAUCUGUGAACGGGGGGUGACAACAUGUCAACAAACCUGCUCCGACAUCAGCGUGUUUCCUCUCCAGAAGAUACUUCCCUCAGGAGCAGGCCAAGUGUGCAGACAACGAAUCAACUUGUUUGGCGGCGGGUACAAGUUUGCUCACGUCGCAAGUUCAGAGAGCGAGAUCUUUGGAUGCGUCACUACCCAUCUGAGAUUGGCCAGUAUGUAUGAUGAAGAAGUUAUCGGUGGAGGCAAAUUAUUUGGCGGUGCGCUGACAGGGUCAAGAGAAAGAGCAUUCGUUGUGUGCGAGUAUCGAAGACAAUGCGGCUACGAUUGUGAUGCACAUUAUGAUGACGGGUCUAUGUUCUCCUCAAAACUACACUAUGUCCCCACGGAGUCUGGCAAGAACUUCAGGGAAGCUAAACAGUAUUGCGCGGACCACGGCAUGCAACUUCCAAAGGCCUAUGAGAGAUUCUGUGUGGACAAGUUCCUAUCUCAACAGAUGGGAACUAGAGGGUCUGGUUGGAUUGAUAAGCCUGAAAUGAACUCACACGCCCUUGUAAGCCGACCGGAUGCAGGUGGCCGUCCACAGUGGAUCCCCUCCUACGCAAAGUUGAAGAUUGUCGUCUGUACUGUGCGCAGAUGAGAGGAAUGCGCUGACUCUACAUUGUUGUGGGCACGUGUAUGUUACAUGGACGCCCGUCAAGUUUCUUCCUGAACUGUUUUGGAGCAGAACGUGGAGUCGUGCAGGGAUUUGCACUGCAGCCUCUCUGGCGAAACCGCGGCCGGGCUGCUCCAAACCUAAUCUUUAUGCGUUCAAUGUUUUCUGUAUGUUCUUCUGCUCAAUAAUUAUUAUAAUCUUUUUGUAGACCCACUAUGAUCAUGUGUAUGGUAUGCUGCUGCUGCUGCUGUUGUUGCUGCUGCUGUUGCUUGGAGGAUUGCACCAGCUCUCAUACUAUGGAUUGAGACUUUCCAGAGAAGCAUUCGCCUGCCACUAGUUCGACCGGCUGGACAUGCAGGUGGCCUACUCAGAUGUAUACAAUGUAAAAUAAAUGAAUAAUAUACACUAAAAAAGGUGACAUUCACUAGUUACGAGUCCCAAUGCUCACAUACAUACAAGAUCCUGAGUGGAAUAAACAAAUUACUCACUCACCCUCC